AUGGCAGAGAGCAGUUCAGCGAGAAAAAAGAAUGUUGAACUAUCAAGGAAUAAACCUGAUGGAAAGGAAAAAUCUAGUAGUAGUGCUGCACCAUCAGGGUCGUUAAAGACAGUGUUGAAUCAGUCAGAUUGGAAAGAUAUGUUAUUGAUGAUACUUGGAUCAAUAGGGAGUCUCGCAGAUGGAUCUGCCAUGGCUUUAAUGAUGCUGAUUGUCAGCAGUCUCAUGAACAGUUAUGGUGAUGCUUCUUUCACUCUUCAAGAUGUAAACAAGUUUUCGUUGGCAUUUAUUUAUGUUGCUGUUGGUGUCGGCUCAGGCGCCUUUCUCGAAGGAUUCUGUUGGGCACGUACAGCAGAAAGGCAAACUUUUCGGAUACGGAGGCAAUAUUUACAAGCUGUGUUAUGGCAGGAUGUUGGCUUCUUUGACACAAAUCAUGGUGCAUCCAUUGCAUCUCAAGUGGUGUCCAGUAUUUCAACUGACACACUCACCAUACAAGGAGUUCUUACUGAAAAGAUUGCAAAUUUCAUUACGAACACAACAUUGUUCGUUACGGCCCAACUUGCUGCUUUAUACCUCAGCUGGAGGCUGGCUAUAGUGGCUAUCCCCGCAUUAUCAAUGUUAGUAGUUGCAGGAUUCGUAUACGCAAAGCUUCUAGGUGAUGUUGGAAACAAGAUUCAAGCAGCCUAUGAAGUUGCAGGAGGAAUAGUGGAGCAAGCAGUGUCAUCAAUCAGGACUGUUUAUUCCUAUGUUGGAGAGGAAAGGACUGUCAAGGCCUACAAGAUUUCUUUAGAACCAACUUUAAAGCAUGGGAUAAAACAAGGAUUGAUGAAAGGUAUGGCCAUCGGUACUAUUGGUGUUACAUUUGCAGUGUGGGCACUUCAGGGCUGGUAUGGAAGUACUCUGGUCAUGCAUAAGAAAGCAAAAGGGGGAGACGUUUUUACCGCUGGAGUUUGCAUUGUCUAUGGAGGACUGGGUCUAGGAGGUGCUCUAAUCAAUAUCAAGUACUUCAUAGAGGCAAAUAUUGCAGCUUCUCGGAUUUUUGAGAUGAUUCAUAGAGUUGUGGACAUUGACUCUGCAAAAGAACUAGGCAAGACCAUGUCAGAAGUUAAAGGUGAAGUAGAAUUCAGAAACAUAGAUUUUGAGUAUCCUUCAAGACCAGGGAGCUUGGUAUUAAGCAAGUUUAAUCUCAAAGUGAUGGCUUACCAGACUGUUGGGUUGGUUGGCAGAAGUGGAUCAGGAAAAUCAACAGUAAUAAAUUUGCUUGAGAAAUUCUAUGAACCUCUUAGGGGCCAUAUCCUGCUAGAUGGUGUUGACAUAAAGACCCUUCAGCUCAAAUGGUUGAGAAGUCAAAUGGGCCUGGUAAGCCAGGAACCUAUACUUUUUGCAACCUCAAUCAAACAAAACAUCUGUUUUGGAAAAGAGGAGGCUUCAAUGGAAGAGGUCAUGGAAGCCGCUAAAGCUGCUAAUGCCCACAACUUCAUCUGUCAACUACCUGAAGGAUAUAACACCUUGGUGGGACAAUUGGGAAGUCAAUUGUCUGAAGGCCAGAAACAAAGGAUUUCCAUCGCAAGGGCACUGUUAAGGGAUCCAAGAAUCCUUCUUCUUGAUGAAGCAACAAGUGCGCUGGAUUCUCAUUCUGAGAAAGCUGUCCAAGAUGCUUUGAAUCAAGCCUCAAUAGGAAGAACUACCAUUAUUGUUGCGCACCGCCUAUCUGCUCUUCGCAAUGCGGACUUGAUUGCUGUAAUUCAAUCAGGAAAAUUGGUGGAAUCAGGCUCCCAUGAGCAACUUAUGCAAAACUUGAAUGGUCCAUACUCAAUAAUGGUGCAGCUACAGAGAAACUUCAUAGACGAUGAAGUUACAUCAAAAGCUCAAGAUACUGGAUCUAGCAGCUCUGUUGUUCUUGAUACAGGAAUUGCUAAUGCAGAACAAAAGGAUGAGACAAGUCUCUCACAAAGCUUUAGCGAUGAGAAGAAAACCAACCAGCAGCAAGAUGAUAAUUACAGUUCCCCUUCACUAUGGCAGUUAAUGAGCAUGGCAGCACCUGAAUGGAAGCCAACCCUGAUAGGUUUCAUUGCUGCUCUUGCCUGUGGACUAAUUCAGCCAUUGCACUCAUUGUGCAUGGCUGCACUUCUAGCAGUUUACUUCACAACUGAUCACAACGAGCUAAGGUCGCAAACAAGAAUUUAUUGCUUUGCAUUUUUAGCCUUUGCUGUUUUUGCUUUCCUGACCAAUGUGAUUCAGCAUUACUAUUUUGGGAUAAUGGGAGAGAGCUUGACAAAAAGAGUCAGGGAGGCACUUUUUGAAAAACUCUUAACAUACGAGAUCGAGUGGUUCGAUCAAGAAAACAACAGCAGCGGAGCCGUAUGUUCAAGAUUAGCCACAGAUGCCACGAUGGUGAGAACUCUUGUUGCUGAUCGCUUGUCAAUGCUGGCUCAAGCAAUUUCUUCUACAACUUUGGCUGUUGUUUUAGGUUUGAUAUUGUCAUGGAAACUUGCGCUUGUAGCUAUUUCUCUGCAACCCUGUAUCAUUGCUGCCUUCUACAUUAGUACAACGACAAUGCAGACAAUGUCUAAGAAAAUCCUCAAAGCACAGAACGAGAGCAGUGAAUUAGCAAGCGAAGCCGUUGUGAACCACAGAAUUAUUACAGCAUUCUGUUUUCAGGAGAAAGUUCUAAAGCUAUUUGAGCUUACACAGGUAAGUUCCAAGAAAGAAAGCCAUAGGCAGUCUUGGUAUGCAGGAUUUGGAUUGUUUCUCUCACAGUUCAUUACAGGUGCCAUUCCGGCUCUAACUUUCUGGUAUGGUGGAAGACCUAUCAAAAGGUACCAGUGCACUGGAAUCAGUAUUCAGGAUUCUGAAAAGGAGGACCAAAAUAGACCCUGA